UUUCAGGCAGUGCCCGUGUGUGAAUGAAUGUAUUUAGGGAAGUCCGCUUUGUCUCAAGAAACUGGAUUUGGUUUUGAGAUAAGUGUCACAGGCACCUUGUUUUAUGUGGUGGAUGUUGUAACAGAUAUGCAGGAUUGAUUUCAACACAUCUCACAGGAGCUCAAAAGGACUUUGAAUGUGUUCGAUCUCAUCACUGCAAGGAUAAGACAGCACAGCUGUGAGGCUUCAGCAUCUGCACCAUGUUCUCCUCUGCUGUCCCAUUUAAAAACCAGCACUAUGCUGAGCUGAAGAAGAACUGUAUCAAGGACAAGAAGCUCUUUGAAGAUCCAGAAUUUCCAGCCACCAAGGAAUCCCUGUAUUUCAGGAGACCACUUCCUGGUGUUGUGGAGUGGAAACGACCUGGGGAAAUAAGCAGCAGGCCUCAUCUGUUUGUGGGGGGCAUCAGCUCCCAUGACCUCAACCAGGGACUUGUGGGGAACUGCUGGUUUGUUGCUGCCUGCUCCUGUCUGGCUUUGAAGCCAGACCUCUGGAAGAAGGUGAUUGUUGACUGGAAGGAGCAGGAGUGGGAUCCCAAACACCCGGAGAGCUAUGCAGGAAUCUUCCACUUUCAGUUCUGGAUCUUUGGAAAGUGGGUAGAUGUGGUGGUUGACGACCGGCUGCCUACAAUCAACGGAGAACUCAUCUACUGUCACUCGAAAGACAACAAUGAAUUCUGGAGCGCUCUGCUGGAGAAGGCCUACGCCAAGCUCUCUGGCUGCUAUGAGUCGCUGGAGGGAGGAAACACUGGAGACGCUGUGGUGGAUUUCAGCGGAGCUGUGUCCGAAGCCAUCAACCUGGAGGCAGAGGCCUACUACAAAGACCAGAAAAAACAAGACCAGCUGUUUGAGGAUCUACUAAAGGUCUACGAAUAUGGAGGAAUUAUAAGCUGCUCCAUUAAGGCACAACCUCAUGAAAUAGAGCUCAAGAUGGCAAACGGGCUUGUGAAAGGCCACGCAUACUCAGUGACAGCAGUGAAAAGAGUGCGUUUGGGUCACGGGCUGCUGGCCUACUUCAAAAACGAAACCAUCCCUCUGAUCCGCAUGAGGAACCCCUGGGGCAAGACUGAGUGGAAAGGAGCCUGGAGUGACAGCUCUGAGGAAUGGUCAAAGGUUGGUGAUACAGAGAGAGGCAACCUUGGCAUCACUGUGGAAGAUGAUGGAGAAUUCUGGAUGUCAUUCACAGACUGGUGCAAGUCAUUCUCAGAUGCAGACGUGUGCCGUCUCAUCAAUACUUCGGUGAUCAGCCUCCGUAAAGCAUGGCAUGAGGUUGUGCACUUUGGGAGUUGGACCAAACACGCAGAGCCGCUGUUAAACCGCUGCGGUGGCUGUGCUAACCACAGGCAGACAUUCCUGCAGAACCCACAGUAUUUGUUUGACGUUACGAAGGAGGUGGAUGAAGUUCUGAUCUCGUUGCAACAGAGAGACAUGAAGAUCCACAGAAAAUUUGGUCAAGGAGAAAAUCUAACCAUCGGGUUCGGUGUCUUUAAGGUGGAACUGAACAGGAAGUAUAGGAUGCAUGACGUCCUGACACAAAAGUGCGUGGCGACGUCCACCUACAUCAACGCUCGGACAGUGUUCAUGAGGUGCAUGCUGACACAGGGCCGCUACGUCAUCAUCCCCACCACCUUCAAGCCUCACACUCUGGGGGAUUACAUGAUCAGAGUAUUUACCGACGUGGACUCAGGGUGCAGGGAGCUGACAGAGGAUAAGCCAAAAGUAAGAUGCUGGACUCCAUUUGUGGGAUACCCACAAGCUGUGACUCACGUCUACGUCCAUGAAGCUGAGGGACUGCAGAACCAGGACAGCUCAGGAGGUGCAGACCCCUACGUGAUCAUAUCCUGUGAGGGCCAGUCAGUGCAGUCCACUGUCAAGAAGGAUACCUUGCAACCAGAAUUUGCAACCAGCGCCAUUUUCUACAGGAAGAAGCCCAGAAAGCCCAUAACUGUGGAGGUGUGGAACAGUAAUGCAGUGAAGGACGAGUUUAUGGGCCAAGUGGUGCUGUCCGGGUUGGUGAAGGACAACUCUGACCCUCAGAAGCUUCAGCUGAGGAAGCAAGAUGAGCAGAUGGCUGACGAGAUGCCCGGUAACAUCAGCCUGAGGAUCAUCACUUCGACUCAGCUGACCGCCAUGUGACCUUGUCAGUGACCUGAGAGAUCUUCAGUGCUGAACUAUGUGGUGAACAAACGUGUAAGUUACUUGACAUGUGCUGUGAUCAGAGCAUGGUUUUCAACUUUUCUUUUGAGCAGGCACUAUUGGAUGGACUGAAUGUUACUUCCUGUUAGUUAUUUUUUUUUAUCCAAAUGUUUAUAAUUUUUUAUUUCUCAUUACUUUUUAAAUAAUUUUUGUAUAACUUAUAAAACAUUUUUAUAUUGUUUUUUUGCAAGUUGCUUGUGACAAUAUCACUCUUUGCUUUUUUUUUAUUGGUUCCACUUUAAAUACUGUGAGUGACAUGGCACUAAUUUGUCAUUCAACUCUUAUACAGUUACCUUAAUUAUGACCUAUAUUGUCACAGUUAUGCAGAGAAAUUUAUUAUAAGUACAACUCAUAAUUCAUGUAUCUGUUUCUUUAAUACAUCUUCUGUUCCUUUGUUUCCUUAGUUCAUAUCAUCAUGUUUUGUUAUCAUGAUUUAAAAAAACAAAAAAAAACAAAAAAAACAAAAACCCUGAA